UCAUUCAUCUCAUUCUUCCCUCGACAUCAUGACUGCCAAACCACUCCCUAUUUUUCUUCUUCCAAUAUCUGCAAUUCGAAAGGCUAUGGAACAAAUGAGUUUUGCGGAAUUGCUGAUAAUAUCAAUUCUUUCGAAGAAUGCAAAGGACUUUGUAACGUUGUUAACUAAACCACUGAAGAAUAUGAUCAUAUCCGUGGAUUGUUGGUUGUCAUUAAAAUUGGUCACAGCAUCGUCAGAACUAUAUUUGUUAUAUUUUAAACGCAAACAACGUGUUAGAAUCGAAAAAUCGCCCUACGACAAACGAUAUAAAAAGCUUUAUUUACCAGGAUUCACUGAAAAACAAUGGAUUGGCCAUAUUGUUCGUGUCUUCUCUCACAACAAUGGAAUAGUUUUGUCACUCAAACCUUUGUUCAGUUUCAGGAGAGGAAAGAUUAAAGAAACUGUUGAACUUUUCAAAGGGCUUAAUGUCAGAAAACUGGUAAACCAUGAUUCUCGAAUUGAAAAUCGCCAGCUUCUCAAAUUGUUUCCUACACCAAAUUAUUUGAGGUUAUCAAAUGAUUAUAUUUGUGAAUCAAUCCUUGUUCAGAACUUUGAGACGCUAGAACUUUUGGAGAAAAAACUGUCACUAAACGAUAUUCUAACUACAAAUUGCACAAAUCUGGAAAUCCACUACCAAUCUCUGUCCGACAGAAACCUGAACCUCUUUAUGAAGCAUUGGAUCAGAGGAUCCAACCCCAACCUUCAAUCAAUAUGUGUCAACUUUUCAAGAGAAAUGCGAUCUUUUGGAGCCGAAGUUUUUAAGGGUAUUGAUCACAGAAAAACUAUCCCCCAGGAAAAUUUUUAUUGGGGAAAACAUUGAAUUUCAACGGCCCGAUGGGAUGAAAGCAGUCGUUUCAAUUGGUAGUUCAAUUCGUAAUCAUUUUUUCUAUGAGUACUUUUUUCAAAUGAGAGUUCUUGAAAACUAAAGUGUUUCAAAAUUUUCUGUUUAUAAUAAAUUUGACGUUUUU